GAAUCUUUUUCAUUGAAAAAAAAAAUAUAAUUAUAAUUAGGUGUAAUGCCUGGCAGGGAAACUAAACCCUAGUGUGCUUUAUCAACCACUGCUGUCCAGCAAGUUUGAAUUUGGCUGAAUCAAGUGUAUAAAAUUGGGGUAAUUUGAAAAGAGAAAACAGUGUAGAAUUUUCUGGACCAGAACUACAGAACCCAGAUUUACACACGUCUUUCAUUUUGCAGGGUUGCUGAUUCGUCAAUUGAACUAUGAUGUCAACUACAACAUUUGAAGAAAAUUCUGAUUUUCAAGACAGUGAAGAAAACCUACGAGAUCUGGCACAACAUGCAAGCAUCCUUUCAGAAAAUAAGCCCAACCCUGAGGACUUACUCAGCAUUAGCUCUGAACAUCCUUCUCCAGUGAAGGAUGUUCAGCCUACUAGCGACACCAAAGACACUAAAGUGAUGGAACUUAUUACCGGUCAGUCUUUGAUCAAGUCUGGGAUCUUGGCCCAUCUACAGCUUGCAUCACCUCUCGAGUCUGUAACAGAAUUGGUGGAGGUAGAAGAGGCAUGUGACUUACAAAUUUCAGAAGAACCAAUUGCAACCAAAGAGAUCUUUCCAACCACAACCGUAUGUUACAUGUCAUUAACCACAGAGGGACUGGGACAUGCCUUGGAAGGGGCAGCCAUCUUUGGAAAAGUCAUGGAGUCAAACACUCAACCUGAUUUAGGACAUCCAGAGAGCCCAAUGACAGAAGCUUGUAGCUCCGUCCAUGAAAUUCCAGUUGGGUCGUGGCUUCAAGAAGAUUCCUCGAAGAUUUCAGUCAUCGAAUGUCAACAGGUGGACCAGUGCCCUCCUGCUGUGGGUGGUUUUCAGAAGGAAGCAGCAUGGCACCAGUUGACAACUUCUUGUGCUAAUUCUGGAGUUUUAGAGGUGACCAAACAUUCCUCUGUCCCACCUCUUGAAGACCUUAUUACCCCCCAAGAAGUACAAAUGUGUCACCAAACUUGUGUAAAAGGUGAAGAUACGGUUGGUGAUGAAUUAAGGUUUGACAGAAAGCCAAACUCAGAGAGGUUUCGAGGUCACAUCCGUGAAAAGGAAGACACUGCAACCAAUGUGGCUAACCAGACGCUAAUUGAAGUUCUCACAGCGUGUGAAGCUAAAGUGGAGCAGUAUGAACAGCUCAGAUCAUCUUCCUUUGACCUGUCUGCUCAGCUGCGUUCUGCCCAGCUUAUGGCUGAUAGUCUGCAUCAGAGAAUGCUCAGCCUUGAGCACGAACACAGUCUGAAAGACAAGAAACUACAGGAGCUAACAACUAUUCUGGAGAAGACCAGUGAAACACUGCAAGCAAGGAACUGGGAAAUGGCUACAAUCACUAAUGAGCUCCAGCAGCUUCACUUACAGGUGGAGGCACAGAAGAAUGUGCCCGAUGCUGCCAGAACAAUAACAGCUAACGGACUCGCCACUCCUGACCCACAACUACAGCUGAGCAGGAGCUCUAAAAUAUGUACACUGUUGUGAUAAUAACAGUUGAUAAUGAUGAUGGUUUUUCACUGAAAUAAAACAUUCAGCCCUGAAUGAAGGGCCUGGUUCUGAUAUUCUGCACUGGUAAAAUCUACCGACUACAGUGGAUUAGAUCACCACAGUCAGGUAUUUAAUUAUAAGUACUGAACAUUGAACAUGUGAUAUUGUGUGUAUAUUUAUAUUGUAUGUAUCUACACAUUACCACUUUGAAAUAAAGCAGUACAUAUUUGACGAAAGUCUAAACUUUUAGCUUUAAUUUAAGGAAUUUAGUAUUUACACGUACUAUAAAGCAUUGUCCUGUCAAUUUUGCAGCAUUUAAUCCAAUCUGCCCACAUUAAAAAUCAGCAGUCAUAUCAUCCACAGUGACCCAGGCCAGCUGUAAUACUACCUUAACUUAGACAGAAAAACACAUAAACUUGUUUAACCCUUUCAGACCCUGCGUCUAUUACAAUAUACAUCAUGUAUUUUCUUUUUUUUUUGUUUUGUUGAACAUAACAGUAAUUGAGAUCUGUUUUUAAUCACAAUAGACUAUAAACAAGCCAAAGAAAAAGUUCAUACGCCAAUAAAUAAAAAUCUUUGCCCCGCCCACUGCACUGAAAAAAAAAACCCACUAGAUCCAAAUGGACAAUUUAAAAGAGUUAUUUUUUACUAAUAGUACGUAUUUAAGAACACUUUAAUUAAAACAUGUUUAUUUUAGUGUUUAGGGAUAGCUUGUGAACUUAUUUUGGUUAAUUGGAUUUAGUGUAUAUAUAGAUUGUAUGUUAUAAUAUUUUAGU